AUGGCACGCGAACCCAUCAACGUCGGCAUUCUCGGUGCCACCGGCACUCUCCUGUCGACGCACCCGUACUUCAAGAUUCAUGCGCUCGGCGCCUCAUCCCGCUCCGCUGGUCAGGAGUACGCCAAGGUGACCAAGUGGAAGCUCGCCUCCCCCAUUCCUGAGGACGUCAAGAGGAUGGUCGUGCAGGAGUGCAAGUCGGAGAACUUCAAGGACUGCGGUGUCGUCUUCUCUGGCCUUGACCACGACGUUGCCGGUGACAUCGAGGCUGAGUUCCGCAAGGCUGAGCUGAUCGUCUUCUCGAACGCCAAGAACUACCGCCGCGACCCCAUUGUCCCGCUCAUGGUCCCGCUCGUCAACGGUGACCACCUUUCCGUCGUCCGCCACCAGCAGAAGGAGCUCGGUCUGAAGAAGGGAUACCUCGUGUGCAACGCCAACUGCUCGACGACGGCCGUUGUCGUUCCGUUGAAGGCGCUCGAGGUCGCCUUCGGCCCCCUCCAGACCGUCAACGUCGUUACGAUGCAGGCGAUCUCCGGCGCCGGCUACCCCGGUGUUUCGUCCCUGGACAUUCUGGACAACAUUGUUCCCCUCAUCGGCGGCGAGGAGGAGAAGAUUGAGUGGGAGACGCUCAAGAUUCUCGGCAGCGUCAACGCGGACGACACGGGCUUCGAGUACCACGCGUCGUCGCCGCUCGUCGUCAGCGCGGCGUGCAACCGUGUGCCCGUCAUCGACGGCCACAUGGCUUGUGUGUCCGUCAAGUUCGCCGGCAAGGCGCCUACGCCGGAGGAGGCCGAGGAGGCGUUCAGAAAGUACACGUCCGAGGCGCAGAAGCUCCACUGCCCGUCUGCCCCGCCCCAGGACAUUGUCGUUCACGACGCUCCUGACCGCCCCCAGCCUCGCCUCGACCGCGACCUCCACAAGGGCGCUUGCGUCCACGUCGGCCGUGUUCGUGACGACAAGGUCCUCGACCUCAAGUUUGUCUGUCUCCUCGACAACGUCCGUCUCGGCGCCGCCACCUCGUCCGUCAUCAACGCCGAGAUUGCCGUUGAGAAGGGCUUCAUCUAA